UGUGUUGUCGUUAGCUACACCGUUGUGUGCUUGUUUGCUGUCGAACGGAGAGGAGGAAAAAAUAUGACAGGGAAACGAAAAACUAAAUCUAUUCCUCAGGAGUCAGAUUCUGCCGACGGGCAGUUGAAGAAGAAAUGCCGUCGGGAGGAGCCGACAGCGAGACCGACUACUGCUGAGGUACCUGCCAGACUGAGGGAGGAGGUGGAGAGACUCUAUAAACUGAGGAUGCCUGAAGACUUCUACCUCUUCUGGGACUUCUGCUCCCUGCUCAGCCCUGACAACCCCCGGGACGCGCUGAAGGAAACCCUGGGUUUGAGGUUGGUUGGCCCGUUUGACAUUCUGGCGGAGGCCCACCGUAGCUCAGCCAACCACCAGCCCAACUACCACCUACACUGGAGGCACUUCUACGACCCUCCGGAGUACCAGACCGUACUGCAAGGGAAUGGAGACAACCUGCUACACCUGGGUUACUACAGAGAUAGUCCGGACUCCCUGCCUGUGUUCCUAGGGGAGAAUGAAGCCAAGAAGGGCUGUACCAUUACGCAGAUGGGGGACAACAUGUUUGCUGCUGUCCAUCUAUUUCUGAGGAAGAGGAAGGAGAGGGUGGGUGAAGGGGGCAAGGCUCUGGAUAACCCCGUGGAGAGGAGUAACGGACUAGAAGGUAACCUGGAGCAGAAGACCAAAGGACAGAGAGACAAGAAGGUUGUCACCAAGACGUUCCAUGGAGCCGGCCUGGUGGUUCCUGUUGAUCAGAAUGAUGUUGGUUACCGGGAGCUGCCGGAGACAGACGCGAGUAUGAAGAGGCUGUGUAAGGCUAUAGCGGAGGCCAGGUGUGAUGAAGACAGGAUGAAGGCUUUCGGCCCGCUGCAGGAGAUGAUGACCUUCGUCCAGUUCGCUAACGACGAGUGUGACUACGGCAUGGGGCUGGAGCUGGGCAUAGACCUCUUCUGUUACGGGUCACAGUACUUCUAUAAGGUGAUCAGACAACUGCUGCCCAUGGCCUACAGCCUGCUGAAGAGGGGCCUGUUUGGAGAGAUCCUGGAGGCUCACCUCUCCAGCCGUUCCCACGACAACCUGGACCAACUCACCUCAGCCUGAAGAAAACCACGGGAGAGGAAGAAGAGCGAGAGAGAGAGAGAGGAAGAGGGAUGGAUUGUUGUCAGCUCUGACCAACGUGCGUUUAUAUGAGUCUUGUUGUGGUGCUGCUGGUGAAUGGUACCAGUGGCGUCUCUGUGUGCUGAAUGUUGAAUAAAGGAUUAUAUUUCUAAGA